UCGUCGGCAACGUCCGUUACCGCGUAAACAAACGUCUGCACGUCUGCUUGAUAUUUUUAAAAUGCUUGUGAAAUCUGCUACUUUUUCCGUUAUCUGCUCCUAGAAUUUCGUAAAAAAAUGCCAAUGAAGCUGAAAAAUCCUCAGACAUUCCGUGUUUUCUCUUCCCCUUUUAAAGGAAUGGAAGAUGAGCGCGAAGAAUUAACGAGGCGGUAUGUACCACAGAUCCAGCACAUGUGCUCGGAAAAAGGACUGCAGUUUGUUGCUGUGGAUAUGCGGUGGGGAAUCACAAAAGAAGCCUCAGAAAACGGGCAAACCAUCUGCAUCUGUUUACGUGAACUAGACAGAUCUGAUAUGAUCAUUGGAUUUUUUGGACAGAGAUAUGGCUGGCAUGGUGUCCGAGAUAAACUUUUACAACAGAAUGUUGACUGUGCCCUGGGCAAAUAUCCUUGGCUUCAUGAAUUUAGAGACCGAAGCAUUACAGAGAUGGAGUUUCUUCAUGGAUUUCUUAACACUCCAGGUGUUAUGCCUGCAUGCUUCUGCUUUAGGGACAAGCAAUAUGAUGCUGCUAUGGAAGAAAUGAAUAGAAACAGGGCAGACUGCUUCAAACCAGAAAAUGAGUCAGCACGAGAAAAACUGGAUGACCUCAAGCAAAGAGUGUGGAAUUCACAUCUGAAAACCCAGAAUGUGGUAAUUCAUAUGGAUUAUUCAAAUCCCCUAGAGGGAGCAAGACUUAUGUUUGAGUCAAUUAAGAUGCAGUUAGAGAAGAAUCUACUCGCAGGCAAUGCUGAGAUGUCAAGACGUGAGAAAGAUCUCUCGCCACACAAAGCCUUCAUGAUCAGCCGCACCAAUCUUUACAUUGAGAGGAAUAGCGAAACUAAAUCACUGAGUGAUAAACUAGAAAAAAAUCAGAAUGUAUUGAUACUGGGGCCUGCAGGCUGUGGAAAGUCAUCACUUCUGUGCAACUGGCUGCAGAAUGACGUGAUGGACAAACCCUCAGUCCUAGUUAUUCCUUUUUUCAUUGGCAGUGGACCAAACACUAGAGAUCCAGAAGAAAUUUUGAACUUCAUCUUUGGCGAGCUUGAAUAUCAUCUAAAUAAUGUCACUAGUGUGAAAACGUGUGAUGAGGAUUUGAAAGCAAAUGGAUCUAGGCAUUUAGACUUUGUGGAACUGAUCCAAACAGAUUGGAAUACAAUGCACAUUACUGAGCAGAGCGAGACAAUGAGUGCUGACAAGAAACUUAAUUAUCAUAAAGCUGAUGUGAAAGUCAUCAAAAAAGCGACAGAUGAUAAAGCCAACAUGAAAAAGGACUCCUCUAACACAGACAGUGACAGGAUAUUUGAUGAUAACAGCAGUAGCAACCCUUUGAUAAAGGAAACGACACGACCCAGAGGCAAGGAGCUAAUGAUGCAGAUCCUGGCAAAGCUGAAGCAGCUGGUGCAGCACGGGAUGAGUGUGGUGUUGGCAUUUGAUGGCCUUCAUUGUCUUGUUCCAGUCAACAAGACCAGCAAGCAUCUGUACUGGUUACCAGAGAAUCUACCAGAUGGUGUCACUUGUGUUGCGACAACAAAUCAAACAGAUACAGCAUCUACAGAAAUUCUGGUGACACAGCGUAAAUUUCAUGUGCUCAAAGUGCCACCUCUUACAGAAAAUAUGAAGAAAAGUAUAUGUGUGCUAACCCUGAAACAGUGUGGCAAAGAACUCUCAGAUGCUCAGGUCAGCUGUAUUGUCAACACUGAACAAACAAGCAGUCCACUGUUCCUUAAGAUUCUCCUAGCUGAACUCUCUAUAUAUGGGGAUUUCAGAGGCCUGGACAGGAAAAUUCAUUCCUUGAUAAGCCAGAAAACUAUUAAAGCACUCUUGCAAAGUUAUCUGGAACGACUGGAAGCAGACUAUAAUGUGAAAGAAUAUAAAGGAAACCUUGUAGAAGAGAUUCUCUUGGCCUUACUGGUUGUGUAUGAGGGCUUGUCAGAGAGUGAAAUCAUGGCACUGUUUAACAUUCAGUCUCAUGUCUGGUCACCACUUUUCUUCGCUAUGGAAUAUUUCCUCAUCUCCAACAUGGGUUUGCUGACAUUUGCAUUUGCUGAAAUUAAGGAGGCAGUUGAAGAGAAAUAUAUGCAGAAUGAGGAAACAAAGACAACAGUUAAAAGACAGAUAAUCCAGUUUUUUGACAAGAAACGUUUGAAAAUGAAGCCAUGGUUUACAAACAAGCAGCUGUGUGAAAAACAAAAUGUGCAUGCUGUACGUGAGCUUGUGUGGCUGCAAAAGUCCAUAGGUGACAGGAAUGGUUUGGUCAACACUCUCACAGAUCUGUCAGUCCUUUACAUCCUGAAUCAUGAAUAUGAGCUUGACCUGUUGGAACUGUGGCAAUGGACUGAGAUUAAGUGGAGAGACAUUUGUGGCUUGUAUCUUCAGACCUUUGACCAAAACAUUGUUGAUUUGUUCUUGGCAAAUGACCUUGGAAUUUAUGAUCAAGACACUUGUCCAGGAGUUAAGAUGCGUAAACUCCUUGUUCACAUAAGAUAUCUUUUUAGUCUUGCCAACUACCAUGCUGGUGAGCAGAGGGCACUUAAUCGUGAGAUUUCUCUGCUGGAAAAUGUCCAUGGCAAAUUGGAUGAAAAAGAUAGAAAAGAUGUACUGAGAGAUGCAUGUUAUCAUCUGGCAUGCUGCUUUGCUUCACAAGAUCACUAUGAUAAGUCUUAUGCCUUGCACACAUCAAAUUUGGAUGAACUGGAAAAAGCAUAUGCAGAGACACCAACCACUGAACUUCGCAGGCUAAUAGCAUUUACCCAAAAUGGACUGGGUGUAGUCUGCAUGAACAUUAAACUGUUUGAUCAGGCCAUCAAGCAUUUUCAAAAUUCAUCUACAUACCAUAAUGAGCAGAAAGACAAGAAGAAUGAGGCCUCAUGCUACACUAACUUGGGUCUGGUGUAUAUGUACAAAAAUAAUUUGGAUAAAGCCUUGGAAUAUGAUAAAAUGGCUUUAGAGGCUUAUGAAGAGGCCUACUUUGGGCAGUUGCCACUGGAUGUUGGAAAUUUACUAACUAACAUGGGAAUCAUCUACCGACGAAAGCACGACCUAGUUAAAGCUGAAGAAAUGUAUCAGAAAUCAUUGGCAAUUACAGCCAAUGCAGUGGGUUGGGAUCAUCCUCUAGUGGCUACAGCUUACAUGAACCUUGGCACAGUGGAAAUGCAUCGAUCCAAUUAUAAUAAAGGAGAGGAUUGGUCAAGGAAGGCUAUCACCAUUUAUGAGAUGAAUGAGUUUGGAAAAGAGAAAAAGGAAUACCGCCGAUGUAGAGAAAACCUGUUUGUACAUUUACUCAACCAAGGCAAAUAUGAAGAGGCUUUGCCACUCUUCAUUGAAAUCUUUGACAUCCUGAAAAACAAUGGCUGGCUGGAUGAAUGUCUGGCACACUUCCACAGGCAGAUGGUCGACUACAUGAUAGAACAAGAGAUGUAUGACAAGGCAGAAGAGGUGACAGUCUCCCUUAUGGCAAGUCUGAAAGUCCAUCCAGACAAUUACAUCCAGCUAGACACCAUAGACAGAUGCAGACUCAAGAAAUGCCAGGAAGUUCCAGUUCGGCCGUACAACCAGACUUUGGAUUAUGCUUUGGAGAAAUUUGUUGCACAUAAAGCUUUCAAGAACCUGGUCCAGGCAAAGCUGUCCGGUGAUAUUCUUCCAAAAAGCAACAAGUUGGAAAUGCAAAAAUUGUUCAUUCAUCUUAGGGACUCAAAGAUGUGGGUGGAUGUCACCCUAAUAAAUGAACUGACUGAUAUGAUUGAGGCAGAGGGAAAGACACCUAUGCUUGUAGAUGCCUUAAUAGAAAUGGUACAAGAAAACCCUGCUGAAAAGGAAAUUCUUCUAAUGCUUCUGCGAGUGUGUGUGAAAAUGAAUUGUGUAGAUAAAUUGCUCCCUCUGAUGGAUUCUGUAUGUGAUGAAAAUGCCAGUGCAGUGAUCAGAAGCUUUCUGCAGCCUAGAGCCUCUGAUAGAUCUUUGGCUGAGGAAGCACCAACAGUUCUUACAAACCAAAGCAAAGAAGAGAAAAAUAUGGAGAACAAAUCUUGAGAGGAAAACAAAGGAAAGACAGCUACAAGAAUUAGAAGAAUUUGUUUUUCUGCCAUGUGACAUUACACUAGGAUGAUAGCUGCCACUUUCUCAACAAAACCAAUCACACUUGCAGACGCCACUACUCACUCUAUUAUUUGUACACCCCAAAAAAUUAUUCCUUUUACAUACACAUGCAAAGACACCCAGUAUCUCUCUUUCUCUCCUUCCCUCAGUCCCUCUUUUUCACAUAAACUAUACACUACCCACCUCUCAGAUUCACCAUAUAGAUAUUAAAACACAAAUAGGAGCAGACACAUAUAGAAGCUUGUUCUCACACCUGUCUAUACAAGACCCCACAGACUAUGAAGAUACAUUCAACUGACAAUCCUAACACGAGCUUAUGUAGAGUUCAUGUAGGUUUGGCAAAAACUGUUUCUCAGCCGGACAGUUCUGGCCUGGAUGUGUAUAUACCUGACCCCAGAGUGCAUGAGACAGGUCAUUGGCCAGAUGGAAUGCAUCAGCAACAAUCUUGUACACUGCAUGGAUUGAGCUGGCAUAGAUUGUACCUACAGAAGGUAGGUCACACCCAAUACUUCUGCUAGCUUCAUGAACCAGCCAGUCAAAUCGGACUUUCUGUUUCUGGGUGGUGCUGUCAGUGACUGAGACUGUCAAGAUGCUCUCAAUCACUGCCCAUUAAACUGGACCAGAAUGUCUCAACUUAGGCUAAACAUUUUCAGCUGGUGCAGAAUGUAAAGCCUUUGUUGGGCCAUCUUGAUAAUCAACAUCACUUUUUUUUACAGCUGAGAUCAUUUGAGAUAGUGGAUUCCAGAAACCUGAAAUGGUGAACCUGCUCAAUUCCUCACUGUUAAUAGUGAGAGGCUCAAAAGGACCUCUUUUCCUGUGGAAGUCAACUAUUAUCUCCUUGUUUUAAGAAACAUUGAGCUGUAAACCUUAAAGACAGCUGGGGACAUGUGUUAAUUUCUAGCAUCUGUGGAUAAACGUAAAUCCAUGACUUCUGUGCAUGCAUGUUUAUAGGCAUGUAUUUUGAUAAUGGAAGAAACGUAUUCACCUAAAAAAAGAGAAAAUAGUGUCUUUCCCCAGGUAUAUAGAUUAAAUGUCCUAAAAAUUGUCUGCACUUAUCACUUCUUGCCUAGAAUUAUCUAUGCAAUAACCAUGAAUAACUGUAAAUACUUGAUUCAAGAUUUGUAUUAAUACUAAGAUUUCAGCCUCUUUUUGCCACCUUGUUGAGAAAGCAUACCAUUUCUAGAGUGGUGCAAACUGCCAUUUGCAUGACUUUGUAACUUAGCACAGAAAAGACUGAUCAUUUUAGUCUUAAAUCAGCAUUUUAACAAACUUUUUGUGCAACUUUUGUGAUCAAGUGUCAAGCCAUGUUUUUAUUGUGUCUUUCUUGAGCAAGGGAAAAAAACCGGAAGAAUAAGUGAUAGGAUCAAAAAUUAUUUAGCAGAAUGUUUAGUUGAAUGUAAUAAAUAUUUCUUUUUAUGCUCACAAUGAUAA